CUAUUCUGAUUGAAAGAGUGGUAAGAAGAAGAAAAUUUAUAAUAUUGGUUAAAGUGAAAAAAUUAAUUGAAUAAAUCAUGCUAAGAUCGUUUUAAAAUGGAAGGAAAGGAAACUAGUGCACCUGAUCCCAUGGAUUUGGCGACAGCAGGAAAUGACGAAAAUUUGCAACAGCUUGUCGAUAAUCUACAAGAGGAGAAAAGGAAAAUACAAAAUGAAUUUAACUCACAAAGAGCAAAAAUGAAAGAACUCUACUUACAGAAGGAGACGGAACUCAAUAAAUGCCAUGCGGAUCGUAAAAAAUUGCAACGGGAACUGGACGAGAUGAAGUCUCAAUUCGUGGUCGCUGAUUUAAAGUCGGAAAAUGAGUUACGUUUAAAAGAGCUUAAGGCGCAGGAAGAAAUUUCGUCAUUGCAGCAACUGGUGCAAGAUACAAUUGAAGAGUCAACAAUUUUAAAGGCUGAGUUAGAGCGCAUGAAAGAAGAAAAUAACAAGCUUUGGCAAGAAAAUCGUGAGUUCCGCGAUCAUGUACAGCAACAACCUGUAGAAACUACUAGCUUGGCUCCUCAACAAAUGCUGAGUCACGUAAAAAAGACUUUAAGAAAACUGGGCGGCGACUCGACGGGUAGUGUAAUAGCAAACAAUUUUAGUCAGCCAGAGAGUAUUGAUGAAAGUAGCAAGUCUAAAAGUGGUAAAAAAGACUACGCGCAAGAAGAUGCCGAAGUUUUACGUUCAAUUGUGGUACAGUUGCAAGAGGAAAUGGAAGCAUUGAAGGAAAAACUACGUGAAACAGAUGACAAAUUAAGAAAUCAAGAAAGCAGCGCAUUAACUAAUGCUACAGCGCAAGAAAAUGGAACGCCAAAAGAUGAUAUAUCUAUUAACAAAUCCACUUCCAUAGAUAUCAACACUAUAUCCUGUGAUGCCUGCUUGCAAUUCGAAAAGCAACUUCAAGAAUCGCUGGCGAAAAGCGCCGAAGAUCAAAACACAAUCAAUGCUAUGCAAAAAGCAAUUGCCGCCUCCCGUGAAGACUUACAAAAGGAAGCUGCUUUGCGUAAAGACCUGGAAGAUCAAUGGCAAGAGCGACGUGAAGCUCACAAAACAGAAGUACAAAAAUUGCGCGAGCAAGUAAAAUCAAACGAAGAGCAGUUGCUAGAAUUGCAGCAAAAGUUUCUCGACACCAAGGAAGAAGUUAUGCGACAACUGCAACGUGUCAGAGACGAACGCGAGCGCGUCAACAAACAACUGGAAACCUUGCAGGCAGAUAACGAUUUUCUUUCCGGUCGUUAUUUAGCAUCUUCUGAGGAAAUCGAGAGCCAAGAGAUUAAUUUGCCCAACACAGUUGAGGAGUUACAAGAAUUAAUAUUGCAACAGCAAAACGAUCUUAUACAAGCGCGAGUUAGUAGUGAAUUUGAACGCAAAAAAUGUGUAACCUCGCUGGAUGAAAUACAAAUUUUGCGCGAUCAAUUGGAAAAAAGUAAUAAUGAGCGAUUGGCAUACAAGAAGAAGAUGCAAACCGACAACAAAUCGUGGCAGGAUCGCUUAACCGAACAUCUGGUAACAAUUCAAACCUAUGAAACGGCCAAGUCUACACUGGAACGUAAGGAAACGGAGCUGAACAGGCAAAUAUCAAAGUUUCGCGUUGAAAUCAUCGAAUUGCAGGAUACCAUUGAAAAGCUAACUAAAAUGAAUGCAGAUUAUAAGACAAAAAUCAAAAUUCUCCAAGAUGAUUUGGCAACCAGCGAGCAAGUGCAGAAAGAUUUUGUAAAGUUAUCACAAAAUUUGCAGAUGUCCUUGGAAAAGCUGCGCAAAUCUGAUACGGAAGUGCGCUGGCAAGAGGAUGAAGACGUCGAUAAUUGUCCCACAUGCAGCACCUAUUUCACAGUAACUGUGCGUAAAAUUCAUUGUCGCCAUUGUGGACACAUCUACUGUGAAAAAUGUCUGACGAAGACAGUGCCGUCGGGCCCGCGCAAAAAGAUCGUACGUGUCUGUGAUAUUUGCCAUACACUGUUAAAACCAAAUACGGCGCCCUACUUUAGUCAAGAACCACUAUCCGCUAAUUGAGCAACUACAUACUAAUUCGCUUUUAUUUACUUUUAAGUACUUGGUACUACAUUCUUACAUACUGAUAUUGAAAAUCAUUUAGAUAGUCUGACAGUUUGUUGUCUCGAAAAAACAAAAAAAAAAAAAACAUAUUUUCCUUUAGGGUUUAAAAUUUUGUAGAAAAAUAAUGAUAUUUUUGUUAAAAAAAAUCGAAAUAUUGAGAAUAU